AUGGCACUUCAUAUAUUCGCACGUGUGUCACUAAAUCCACUGUCACCCUCAUUAUCAUUGCACCACGUGUCACCUUCCCGCCGCAACUUAUCGCUGACUCCCCUACGCCGGAACAAAUCGCCGGGAACGCUUCCGUCGCAGUUCCCUCCACCGCCGCGGCGUGUGAAGGUCUCCUCGCAACUGCGACUCCCUUUGAUAUCUCCUACAGAUCACUGGGGUCAAUGGGCCGCUCUCUUCGCCGCCGGAGCCUUCGGUGUCUGGUCGGAGAAGACGAAGAUGGGGAGUAUGAUGAGCGGGGCGUUGAGCAGCACAUUGCUUGGACUCGCCGCGAGCAACUUAGGGCUAAUACCGUUCGAAACGCCGUCGUAUUCCUUCUUCAUGGAGUUUCUCUUGCCGCAUACGAUUCCGUUGCUGCUGUUUAGAGCUGAUCUCCGUCGUAUUAUCCGAUCUACUGGGUCACUGCUCCUUGCUUUCUUAAUUGGAUCUGUUGCGACGGUUGUGGGGACUGUGGUGGCGUUUAUGCUGGUGCCUAUGAGAUCACUCGGUCCGGAUAACUGGAAAAUAGCAGCUGCUCUUAUGGGCAGCUACAUUGGUGGAUCUCUUAAUUUUGUUGCGAUAUCGAAGGCUCUGCGCAUUUCUCCAUCUGUUAUAGCGGCAGGGGUGGCUGUGGAUAAUGUCAUAUGCGCUCUACACUUUAUGGUGUUGUUUGCGUUAGCCUCAAAGAUACCACCUGAGACCAUCUCAGCAGCAUCUUCUCCUGAUGUUGUCAUGACUAAGGAUGUUAAAGCUGAGGACAAGAACAGAGUGGUUUCAACUUCAAUUGCAUUAUCAGUUUCUUUCCUCAUAUGUAAAGCUGCGAUUUCGAUGACGGAGCUACUCAAGAUCCAAGGAGGCAUGCUUCCUGCUGUUACAGCCAUCACCGUCGUCUUGGCUACUUCUUUCCCUGGUUUCUUCAACUCUCUGGCUCCUUCUGCUGAAACCAUCUCUCUCGUUCUCAUGCAGGUAUUUUUCACGAUUCUAGGAGCUACAGGGAGUAUAUGGAAUGUGAUCAACACUGCACCAAGUAUCUUCCUCUUUGCUGUAAUUCAAGUAAUGGUUCAUCUCGCAAUGACUUUGCUUCUGGGGAAGCUGUUCUGUAUCGACAUGAAGCGACUGCUUCUUGCGUCAAACGCUAACAUAGGAGGUCCAACGACUGCUUGUGCGAUGGCAACCGCUAAAGGAUGGACUUCACUUGUUGUCCCUGGGAUUCUCUCUGGCGUUUUUGGAGUCUCCAUAGCAACUUUUCUUGGCAUUGGAUGUGGAGCUUUGGUCCUUAAACGAUUAUAGAUUUUUAAAUCAAACAGGCUUAGUUAAGAUUCGUGUAAGGGACAUCAUCCAUGGAGGAUUCUGAAGCCACAUACUUUGUAAAUCGUAACUGUUAUUGUCUUUUUAGUUUUGAAACAGUAAACGUUUUUGAGAACGACACGGUUUCUAUUAAUGUUA